AUGCCGUCCUUUUUCGCGCCAGGCCUUCAAGGCCUGCCCCCUACUCCUCCCCACAUCAUGAGCGGUGGCAGACUGGACUCCGAGCACCCAUUUUACGUGGUUGGCCACUCCGCCUUUCCCCCUCGCUACUCGCAGAGCGGUUGUGAAUUUAUUGAGCAGUAUUCCCAAUCGACCUGCUACUCCAAGCCCGCCCCGAUGAACAUGCACCCGUCGUCGAUGCGCAGUGGCAGAGAUAUGGCCAUGAUGAGCCAGCCCAUGUUCGGUCCGAUGCCUACCGCGAAUGUGUUGCCUCCCCUCCGAAACAACGUCCAGUUACCCCCUAUGGACAGCGCGAUCCCGCCUCAGUACCGCCGACAAGACGUCAUGGUGCAACCCGAACAGCAACAGCGCAAGGAGGAGAAGGCUACUGGAGGUGUUGCCGCCCGCUUGGAUUAUGAGAUGGACCAGAUGUCCGACUUCGUGGCUGAGAUGGCCCAGGGAAUGUAUGCUUUGUACAACACCAAAAUUCACCUAGCAGAUAUUGACUUCGCGCGAAGCGUCUACCCAGGAACGUCAGUCCCGCCGCAAUUCCGGAAGUACGUCUUUCAGAUUCUGUCGUCGACUCGCUUGCCAAGUUCGACGAUCCUUCUGGGUCUCUACUAUUUAUCCUGCAGGAUGCGCAUGCUGUCUUCUUCCAAGGUGUUUUUGUCUGGUAAUGGUCAAGUUUACCGGAUGCUCACCGUUGCCCUCCUUCUGGGAAGCAAAUUUUUGGACGAUAACACCUUCCAGAACAAAUCGUGGGCGGAGGUCAGCAACAUCCCUGUGAGCGAGCUGAAUACGAUGGAGCUCGAAUGGCUAUUUGCUUUUGAGUGGAAGAUCCACGACCGCAUCUAUGACGAUCAGGACGGAUUCGCAUCCUGGCGCGCUCACUGGGACACGUGGCGUGCGAAGACCGCCCGGGCUCAUGAUUCGCGUCACAAUCUGGCCCCGAUCGACACUAACGUGUCCAGGGGUUCUAGAAUUUCCAAGCCGCUCAUGUCCCCGGAAGGUCCUAUCCCUCCCCAGUACCAGCGUAGCUCUCACUUUGAGACUUCCUGGCUCAAUCCGGCGGCGUCUGAGUAUUCGCCCCCAUCAGCCCCCCACAGUGGUCCCAACACCCCAGACUACUACGCAGUUGGACCGUGGGCUUAUACGAACCCGCCACCACCAUAUUCCCGGACUUGGAUCCCUCCCCAGCCACAAUACAUGCCACAAGCGCCACGGUCGCAGCCACCCUCCUACCACCAUACCCCGUCAUAUGCGUUGCCAUUUGCACAGAGCGUAUGGACAGGCCAUGGUUCCUCUUGCGGUUGUUUACAUUGUGCUAAACACGUUGAGCACUAUAUGUGCGCUGGUGCCUUCGGCGGAAUGCAACCUAUCCUUGCCGGCUAG